GCCGAUUUCGGAUAAAAAUAGAUUUUUGACUCGUAUUUUUUAAUCACCCUGUAAAAAAAAGGAUUUAUUAGUCAUACAAAAUUAAAGAAAACUUGAAUGUCCUGCUGACACAUGCUACAGAUGAAGCGCGCGUUGUCAAAAUUAAUUUGUAAAUAUGGUUUCCGAUCCUUCUGACCUGCCUUUUUUUCCAAAAUUCGAGACCGAGAUGAAGAUCGAGGACAAAAUUCUGAUCAUAUGGUUCGAACCCCAUUUCUCGCAAUCCCACUACAAUAUCAAGAACUGCACCAGCGGUAGUAACGCUUGCACCCUAAUCGCCGUUUUAAUGGCAUCAAAAUGCCACCACAACAAAAUUCAAGUAAAUCAUCCGAAAAAACCAUUAAACUACGAUCUCGUUCAUCUAUUUGCUAUAAGCAUGUUGGAAGGGAAUAAAAUUCACGACCAUUUGAAAAUUAAUAAUAUGUUGAAACACAUAAAUCUUACAGUGCCGGAAGCAAUUGAAUUUGCGGAUAAAUUUACAGAAGGAAUGACAGAAUGGAAGAGCUUAGUGUAUAUGGAGCCCUUAAGCACUUCCUUGUACGAGAACAUUAGACCUGUCUACGGAGAAUGGAUAAAACAACAAAAAACCAGGCGUUCAAACAACUUAUACAUCAUAUUAAUCGCUGAUUCGCGCACCGUUCUGUUUAUUCUUCAAGAAGACACCGACACGGUGACAAUAAUGGACUCACAUCAGCAUUCAGCCAGCCGGGGAUCUUUUAUAGGCAUUUGUAGAACGAACAGGUUGAAAAGUUUGUGCGAUUGGUUCUCCCAUACGAAUAUUAAGUCGUUUAAGUGCGAUCCGAAGCUAUAUGAAUUAUCGUUUUUAUAUUUCAAGAGGAAACAACGCAAAUCCAAGUCGUAUUAGCUGUAAAAUUAUUAAUAAAAACCUAUUUACAAAUUAUUUGUACCGCACUGUACUACAGUGACUGUAGGUGCAGUGUUCUUGUGUAGGUGUAUACACCUACAAAAGUGCUCUUUUAG